CACCCUAGCUUGGGCAACAGAGCAAGAUUCUGUCUCAAAAAGGAAAAAAAAAGUUCUGCUAGGGGAAUGAGUUUUACAUCCUGCCACUUCUCCCUGUAGCAUCCCACUGUUGUAUCUUUUAAUUUAUGUGGCCUACAUUCUGUGAUAUUUAGCAGCCCAGUCCUGCUAGGCAGACCCCAUCCUCAACUUGACUCCAACACCCUGGUCCUGAAAACAAUCCCAUGGACUCAGUUCCUGGGUUUGUCAAAUGCACAGUUUGUCUAUGGGCUGCGCUCUCCCACUACAUUCAACAGUCAGUGUACCUUACCAACAUUUCCUUCCUUUCAGCUGAUUGCUGUGGAACAGAGGAUGAGGUGGCACCUUCUCAGUGGAGCGUUUCUCCGCAAGGACUGUUGCAGAUUAGGGCUGCCAAGGGCCAUCCUUCUCCCCAGAAGGCCAGCCCUUGUGAGAUACAUGGCCCAGUGUUGAGACACAUUUUGCACUUGGUUCAGCACCAGGGGUUACAUCACGGGCAGAAGCUGUACAUGGAUGGGGCAUGUAGGAAACGACUGAGUUUCACUACAUAGGAGUCUCACUCUGUUCCCCGGGCUAGAGUGAGCGUGAGCCACUGCGCCCGGCCUAGAGACUUGUAUUUGAACAACUGCAAAUUCCAAGUAUUUGGGAAACACUUUAUCUGCAGGGAGGUUGGGAAGGAUUUCCUGGCCAGCUCAGGAUUUCUUCAGCAACAGUCUACUCACACUGGGCAGAUGUUAAACAGCAGAAUCAAGAGUACUAUGGCCUUUCACAUUGUAAAAAGUCGUUAUAGCUGGGGAGAAUGCAUGAAAGCUUUCAGCUAUAAGCAUGCUUUUCCACACCAGAGAGCCCUCAGUAGGGAAAGGUGUUACAUGUAGAGUGAACGUGGGAAGUUUUUUAGCACUAGCUGUAGCCUCAAUUACCAUUUUAGAGUUCAUACCUCAGAAAAGCCUUAAAAAUGUGGGUAACGUGGGAAAUCAUAUAGGCAAAGCUCUAGCCUUAUUACACACAGAAGAGUUCACACUGGAGUAAGACCUCAUCAAUGUAAUGAAUCUGGAAAAUUAUUUAGCAGGAAAUAUGACCACAUUAUACAUCAGUGAGUCCACACUGGCGAAAGGCCUUAUGAGUGCAGUGAGUGUGGGAAAUCCUUUAUCCAUAGCUCUAGCCUCAUUACACACCAGAGAGUUCACACUGGAACAAGACCUUAUAGGUGUGGUGAAUGUGGGAUCUUUAGCCAGAGCUGUCACCUCAUUAGACAUUGGUGAUUUCACAUUGGAGAAGGGCCUUAUGAGUAUAGCAAAUGUGGAAAAUUCUUUACUUAUAGUUCCCAUCUCUUCCAACACCAGAGAGUUCACACUGGAAUAAGACCUCGUGAAUGUGAUCAAUGCGGAACAUUAUUUAUCAGGAAAUUUGAGCUCAUUGUACAUCAGAGACUUCACACUGAGGAAAGGUCUCAUAACAACGAAUGUGGAAAAUCCUUUACCUGCAAAUCCUACCUCAUUGCACAUUGGAAAAUUCACACUGGAGCAAGGCCUUAUGAGUGUGGGGAUUGUGGGAAAUCAUUUACCCAUAGCUCUACGCUCCAGCAACACCAGAGAGUUCACACUGGAGAAAGGCCUUAUGGGUGCAAGGAAUGUGGGAAAUUUUUUAGUCAAAGCUCUAGCCUUAUUAGAUAUAGGGGAAUUCAUACAGCAGAAAGGCCUUAUGAGUACAGUGAGUGUUGGAAAUCCUUUAGCAACCAUUCUGGUCUUGUUAAACACCGAAGAGUUCACACUGGAGAAAGGCCUUAUGAAUGCAAUGAAUGUGGCAAAUCCUUUCCCCAGAGUUCUAACCUCAAUAAUCACCAGAUAGUUCACAGAGGGAAAAGGCCUUAUGAGUGUAGUGAAUGUGGGAAGUCUUUUACCUUGAACUCUAAUCUUUUAAAAUACCAGACUUUUCAUAAGGGAUAAAGGUUAGGAUAUUAGGGAUUGAAAAGUGUCUCUGCAAAAUUUAUUUUUUCUUUCUUUCUUUUUUUUAUUUUAGCAUAUUAUGGGGGUACAAA